UUUUAGUUCUUUCUUCUACUUUCAAUCUCAAAACGUAUAUAUUUGUAACAAAAACAAGUGUAUGUGUGUGCAGUUAGCAUGUGCUAUUAGUGUAGAUUAAAAUCUUUUUAUUUGAAGAUUAUUAAGAUUUACAAGGAAGAAAUAAAAGCCAGUUCAGUAGUCAUGUGAUCAUCUGUGGCUUCAUCACGUACACCCCAACGCAUAUCAACUACCUAUCACAAGAAGAAAAUUAAAUAUUCAGUGUUCUGAUGGAUCAUUCUUAAUAGUGAUUGUAUAUUCAAUCUUGAAGCAAAUAUGGCACCACCAGAUCCUGUAACACAAAUGAACACUUAUCGGUCAUACGUGACCAUGUUGGCAGAUCCUGUUUCUAAGGAUGAAUUAAAAUUAAAGGCUGCUCAAGAAUUAUCUGAAAAUUUUGAGGUCAUCAUGUGUUCUUCACAAUAUCCAGCAUUUUUGGAUCAUAUGAUGAAAAUAUUUUUAAAAAUACUACAGGAAGGAGAACCUCAUUUUAUAUCAGAAUAUAACAUACAACAAGUUCGCAAACUUAUUCUCGAAAUGAUUCACAGACUUCCAAGUAAUGAAUAUCUGCGACCAUACGUCAAACAGAUUUUAAGCCUUAUGUCAAAAUUAUUGGAAACAGAUAAUGAAGAAAAUGUACUGGUGUGUUUAAGGAUUAUCAUUGAGCUUCAUAAACAAUAUAAGCCAACAUUUAAUCCCGAGAUACAGUAUUUCCUGCAGUUUGUAAAAUCGGUUUACAGCGAGUUACCAAAGAAUUUGCCAAAAAUAUUUGAACCACGUCCACCGCUCAGAGUAAAGGAUUUAUCUGAAGUAAAUAUAGAAGUUCUUUUAAAAGAAACAUUUACAAUUACAGCUAUACAAAGUGAAAAGAAAGCAGCCGAUGGUACUGUUGUUACAUAUAAUCUCAUUCCAAAAGCAGUAUUAUCUCUAAAAGUACUACAAGAAUUGCCUAUCAUAGUUGUGCUUAUGAACCAAUUGUAUAAGCAAAAUGUUCAUCAAGAUGUAUCAGAUUUUAUACCACUUGUAAUAACUACUAUCACGUUACAACCAAGUCCUCAACAUCGUGCAUCUCCUGGAUUCAAUAAGGAAGUAUUUGUUGAUUUUAUGGGAGCACAGAUUAAAACAUUGUCUUUCCUGGCUUACGUUAUUCGAGUUUAUCAAGAUGUAGUAUCACAACAUAGCACGAUAUUAGUAAAAGGUAUAUUGGGCUUAUUUACACUUUGUCCAAUGGAAGUGGCACAUUUACGAAAGGAAUUGGUAAUUGCAUCUAGGCAUAUACUUGCCACAGACUUACGUAAUAAAUUUAUACCACACAUGGAAUGUUUCUUUGAUGAAGACAUAUUUAUUGGUCGUGGAUGGACGACACGAGAAUCUCUUAGACCAUUAGCAUACUCAACUCUUGCUGAUUUAGUACAUCAUGUCAGAUUAUUAUUGCCACUGAGUGAUGUCUCAAGAGCAGUCCAUUUAUAUAGCAAAAAUUUGCUUGAUCAAAGUCUUCCAACAGCUGUUCAAAUGGUAUCUUGUAAAUUAUUAAUGAAUUUAGUAGAUACUGUUAGACAAAGAUCGGAUGCUGAAAAUAGUUCUCAAGGGAGAGAAUUAUUAAUGAGAAUACUUCUGGUAUUUGUUCUAAAAUUUAAGACGAUUGCUAAAAUAUACAUACCAAUUUUACGUAACAAAGUAAAACAAUUACCACCAACUGGAUUAGAUGUCAAGACAGAAGAUGUAAAACCAGUUAUACCAGAUUUAACUGAGGAAAAAGAAACUGGAAAAUCUAAAUUCGGAUUCCCUGUGUCUCAAGCUAUGAGUUACAAUGUAGCGGAUUACAGAAAUUUGGUGAAAAGUUUAGUACAUGGUGCCAAGGCUAUAACAUCUAAUUGCAUAAACAGUAAAUCAAGUGAAGUAAUACAGUCUAAUCAAUUCCAACCAAAAGAGACAUUGAUUUAUAUAAAGUUGGUUAAAUGGGCUCUACCGGCAUUGGAUAUUUAUACGAUAGGUCCUCCUUCUGUUGGAGCUAUUACACAACCUGGAAGACCAGCACAAUCACAAACAAUAAGAACAAGAGAAGAAAAGGAAGUUUUAGAACUCUUUGGUAACGUGUUUACUCAAAUGAACCCACAAACAUUUCAAGAAAUAUUUUCCACAUCAAUAGAUUACAUGGUGGAAAGAAUUUUUAAGAAUUGCACAUUACAAAUAAUUGGAAGUGCUUUUCUAUCUAGCCCUACAAUAUCAUCAACUUUCGCUACAAUAUUGGUCGAGUAUUUGUUAGAGAGAAUGGGUGAUAUGGGAUCUAAUGUAGAAAGAAGCAAUCUAUACCUGCGAUUAUUUAAACUUGUUUUUGGUAGUGUAUCUCUUUUUCCAGCCGAAAAUGAACAUAUGUUACGACCACAUUUAAACCAAAUUGUUAACAGGGCUAUAGAAUUGGCUAUGUCGGCGAAGGAACCAUAUAACUAUUUUUUGCUUUUACGUGCCUUAUUUAGAUCAAUUGGCGGUGGAUCUCACGAUCUUUUGUAUCAAGAAUUUUUGCCUUUACUUCCUAAUAUGUUGGAAGGAUUAAAUAGAUUACAAUCUGGCUUACAUAGGCAGCAUAUGAAAGAUCUCUUCGUUGAAUUAUGUCUGACAGUGCCAGUAAGAUUAAGUUCGCUCUUGCCAUAUCUACCGAUGCUGAUGGAUCCUCUUGUUUCUGCACUUAAUGGAAGUUACUGUUUAGUCAGCCAAGGCCUACGAACUCUCGAACUUUGUGUUGAUAAUUUACAACCAGACUUUUUGUAUGAACACAUACAACCAGUUCGUGCUGAUCUAAUGCAGGCACUGUGGAGAACUUUGCAUAAUUCUACUGAUCAAGCACAUGUAGCAUUCAGAGUAUUAGGCAAGUUUGGUGGAGGAAAUCGUAAAAUGAUGAUCGAACCCCAAAAGUUAGAGUACAACGAUCGUGAAACUAAUUCACCUGCUGUAGUUGUCUAUUUUCAAGAACCAUCAAAACCAAUUGAUUUUCCUGUAGAGAAAAUAAUUGAAACAGCAUUCAAUGCUCUUAAAUCAAACACAACGGGUUCGUUUUAUCGCAGACAAUGCUGGGAAGUUAUUAGUUGCUAUUUAGCAGCAUCCUUACGAUUAGACGACAAUAACACAAUAUUACAGAAGUUAUUUAUGCAUCCAUGUUUUAAAGAAGGCAAGAUUCCACAUCAACAAGGACCUCAUUAUAAAUGUCCUGACUCAGUAGCAAGAAAUGUACAACAAACUGCCUUAACAGGUUUAUUUGUUGCUGCUGAAAUCAAAGAACUUCGAAAUUCAGUUCUUGGAAGUGUAGUAUCUAUAGUUAGACACUAUACAAUGGUUGCAAUUGCACAACAAGCUGGACCAUUUUGUUUAACAGGAAAACAAGUACGUAUGCAAGGACAAGAUCCUCUUGUGUUAAUAGAUGCACUUGCUGUAAUAAUGGGCCAUGAAGAAAAAGAACUUUAUAAACCUGGUCAUUUGGCAUUGGUGCUAAUAUUAGAAACAGCAACCAACAUCUUAGGUUCUAAAGAAAGAGCUUGUCAAUUGCCAUUAAUGGAAUAUUUAGCUGAAAGAAUGUGUUCGUUAUGUUACGAACGUGCCUGGUAUGCUAAACUAGGUGGUUGUAUAGCUAUCAAAUUUCUCUUUGAACGAAUGGCAACGAAAUGGGUGUUAAAUCAUCUUUUCGUUUUUCUAAAAGCAUUGAUGUUCGUAAUGAUGGAUUUAACGGAAGAAGUAUCUAAUGGUGCCAUUGACAUGGCCAAAGCUAACUUGGAAAAAAUGCUAAGAGUUUGUGUCAAUCCUGGUAUUCAAGAUGGAAAUGUGGAAUUGAUAGAAGCUCAAAAUAAAAGUUUGUACGAAGUUACUCACGAAUUGGUCAGACAAGUUACUUCGCCACAUACUUUGGUACGAGAACAAGCAAUGGCUUCGUUGCGAUUACUUGCUGAGAUACAAAAUAAAACCGUCACGGAAGUUAUGGAACCACAUAAGGAAGUUUUAGCAGACAUGAUCCCACCGAAAAAACAUUUGUUACGACAUCAACCUGCCAAUGCUCAAAUUGGUUUGAUGGAUGGCAACACUUUUUGUACUACUCUGAACCCACGUCUAUUUACUAUCGAUCUGACCGUCAUGGAACAUAAAGUAUUUUUUCAAGAACUUUUAGCACUCAGCGAAGCAGAAGAUGCAAAUUUGAACAAGCUGCCUUGCUAUAAAUCCGUAUCAAAUCUUAUUCCUCUUAGAAAAUCAGCGCUCAGAGCAUUAGCGGCUUGUCAUUACAUCGUAGCGUGCCGGGAUAAAAUCUUUGGUGUACUUUACAAAGCUUUAGAAAAACCGAAUUCAGAACUGCAAGAAGCUGCAUUCGAAUGUAUGAAGAAAUUUAUAGCAGGUUUCCAAAUAGACAUGGAAUCUGUUCAUACUAUUAUGAGACCGAUGCUUUUAACAUUAGGAGAUCAUAGAAAUUUAAGUUUGAAUUGCGUAAAGCGACUAUCAUAUUUGACGCAAUUGUUUCCUAGCACGUUCAGUAUUACAUUGUGUGAACAAUUAUUACAACAUUUAAAAAAAUUAUUAGAAAAUUUGAUUCAAGCACAUAAAGGUAUAUCGAAAUCUGGAGAAAAUGAACAGAAGAUUGCCACUAUUAUUGGAAUUUUUCAUGAAAUUCCAGCAGCUACACCUAAAUUUAUAGACGUACUUUGCAGACUUGUCUUGCAAACUGAAAAAUCAUUGACCGUAGAAGUGUCUAGCCCCUUCCGCAUUCCCUUAAUGAGAUUUUUAUUACGAUAUCCAACAGAGACACUUAAUUUGUUCUUACAUGACAACAAUAUAAAGGAUCAACAAUGGAGCAGAUACUUAGAAUUUCUUAUCAAACAAAAAGAAGGAAAACCAUUCCGUGAUGUCUUGCAUAACAGUACAGCAAGAUUGAUUACUAUGCUUCAUGCACACAAUCAAACAAAUUCAAAUUUAUCACAUAUUGAAAAAAGUGAACUUCAACAUCAAGCGAUCAAAAUCGUUUCCGUACUUAUUAAAUUCGACGAGCAAUGGUUGUCCACUCAAACUCAAUUAGUGAAUGCCUUGAAACAAAUCUGGUGUAAUGACGAUUAUCAAGCAUUACAUAAAAAAGUAGAAAGUGUUGAUUAUUGUCAUUGGAAAGAGCCAAAGCUUAUAGUCAAAAUCUUGUUACAUUAUUUCCGUCAUCAUCCCAAUGACAUAGAUUUGCUCUUUCAAUUAUUGAGAGCAACGUGUGAUAGAUUCAUCCCAGAUUUUCAAUUUCUUAAGGAUUUCUUGGAGCAUACAGUGGCACAAGAAUAUACCGUGGAAUGGAAACGUAGUGCCUUCUUUAGAUUUGUUGAUCAUUUUCCUACAAAUAAUUUGUCACAGGAACUGAAAGCUAAUGUUCUUCAGUUGAUCAUUAUCCCCUGCUUUGCAGUAAGUUUUGAAAGGGGAGAAGGUACGAAAUUAGUGGGAGGUGCACCUAUGCCUUAUCAAGAUAAUCCAGAAAACGUGGUCUCCGUUUUUAUCAGUAAAAUUAUCGAUCCAGACAAUCCGUUUGGCUCUGCAGACUGUGUACGAAUAUUUUUACUCCAAUUUUCAUGUUUGCUAGUAGAGCAAGCUUCACAGCAUAUACACGAUGUAACUAAUAAAAGACAAGGCAACAAAUUACGGCGUUUGAUGACGUUUGCUUGGCCUUGUUUAUUGGGCAAAAAUUGUGUCGAUCCCACGACUAGAUACCAUGGACAUUUACUUUUAAGUCAUAUCAUUGCCAAAUUUGCCAUUCAUAAAAGAAUAGUUCUUCAAGUAUUUCAUAGUUUAUUAAAAGCACAUGCUUUAGAUGCGAGAAACGUUGUAAGACAAGCAUUAGAAAUUUUAACGCCAGCAAUGCCAGUUAGAAUGGAAGAUGGUAAUACAAUGUUGACACAUUGGACGAAAAAAAUUAUUGUGGAAGAAGGUCAUUCUAUGCAACAACUUUUUCAUAUUUUGCAAUUGGUUGUGAGACAUUAUAAAGUUUAUUAUCCUGUAAGACAUCACUUAGUACAACACAUAGUAAACUCUAUACAAAGGUUGGGCUUCAGUCCUACUGCUACAAUAGAGCAUAGAAGAUUAGCUGUAGAAUUGGCAGAGGUGAUUAUAAAGUGGGAAUUGCAUAGAAUAAAAGAUGAGGCUGAGACCAUAGAAUCUGGUGGUAUUAGAACAACGACGGGUGCAGUGAAACGUCCAAUGUCGGAAGAUUCAAUGGGUAUGAAACGUAUGUCUAGUCAAUCUACAUCAGGCAAUGCCGUAGUACCAGUGAUGUUACCAAGAACAGAGCCAGGAUCCACUAAACCGAUUGAACGAGCACAUGCUGAUGCAAUUCUUAAUUUCUUAUUACGUUUAGCAUGUCAAGUAAAUGAUGUAACAACGAUCCAUGGCAAUCCUGGCGAGCAAUUAUCAAGAAGAUGUGUUGCAUUAUUAAAAAUGGCAUUAAAACCAGACGUAUGGCCACAAUGUUGUGAUUUGAAAUUAGCGUGGCUCGAUAAAGUACUCGCUAGUGUAGAUAAUGCGCAACCCAAUUAUGGCAAUAUAUGCACAGCUUUAGAAGUUCUGACAUUUUUACUGGGUGUCAUGAAAAGAGAACAAAUACUUGCAAGUUUCAAACCUUUACAACGUGGUAUAAGUGUUUGCAUUUCAAGUAGUAACACUAAAGUUAUACGACUAGUCCAUGGUUUACUGUCGCGAUUGAUUACCAUAUUCCCAGCAGAACCUACUUCAUCUACUGUUACCUCCAAAUACGAAGAAUUAGAUACAUUAUAUACUGCAGUAGGUAAAUUUAUUGUUGAUGGAUUAGCAAGUUACGAAAAAAAUACUUCUGCUACCCCUAGCACGUUAUUCGGAACAUUAAUGAUGUUGAAAGCUGCUUGCACAAAUAAUCAGAGCUAUAUAGAUCGACUGAUAACACCCUUUAUGAGAGUUUUGCAUAGAAUGGCUAAAGAUCAUUUACACUCCACACAAGCGGAGGCUAAUCCAGUUGGUAGCGAAUUAUUGAUUUUAAGUUUGGAUCUCGUUAAAAAUCGUGUAGUUGUAAUGGGUGUGGAGAUGCGAAAAUCAUUUAUAGGAUCUAUUCUUGUUGGUCUUAUAGAAAAAACACAAGAUAUCAAAGUUAUGAAAGCUAUUACUAAGAUGCUCGAAGAAUGGAUGAAAAACAAGAGUCCAAUAGCUAUGAAUCAAGCUCCAAGUUUAAGAGAAAAAUCUAUUUUAUUAGUUAAGAUGAUGCAAUAUGUUGAAAAACGUUUUCCCGAUGAUUUGGAAUUGAAUAGACAAUUUUUGGAACUAGUCAAUUUUAUAUAUAGAGAUGAGGCACUUAAAGCUUCAGAGCUGACAUCAAAAUUGGAACCUGCCUUUCUAGCUGGUCUACGAUGUAUUCAACCACACAUUCGAGCAAAAUUCUUUGAAGUAUUUGAUGGAUCAAUGAGAAGACGACUUCAUGAUAGACUUUUAUACAUUAUCUGUAGUCAAAGUUGGGAUGCAAUAGGCCAACAUUAUUGGAUCAAACAAUGCAUCGAAUUACUUCUGGUUACCGCAAAUUCAACUACUCAAAUACAAAUGUCUAAUCAAGACACAUUAUUGCCCAGUGUUACGUCUAUAAUAAAUAUGGCAGAUAGUGAAGAACAUAAAAAUUUUAUUAUAUAUUCUACCAUAAAAGAAGAACCUCAAGAGAUGAUAGAGUCGAAUGAUAUAAAGGAGGAUAUUCUUGACAUGGAUCUCUCCAAUACUGAUUCAACAACAGUUUCAGACGAAAUCACUACUACCGGAAAAGCUACGUUGACGCAAUUAAUCGCGAAGCAAGGCGAGUUUAUAGAAAAUGCUAAGAAAAUCAGAACGGAACAAUUAUUGUUAGCAGCUGCACAGCUUUGUCAUAUGGAUACAAACUUGGCAGAACGCGUAUGGUUGGAUACUUUUCCAAAAUUAUGGGGUAUUUUAGAUGAACAUCAACAUAAUACUUUGAUCGCAGAAGUCGUACCAUUUAUCUGUAGUGGUACUCAUAUAAUACAAAAGGACUGUCAUCCCAGUGCAAUAGCAACUUUUGUUGAAGCAUUAUCUCAUUGUAAUCCUCCUGUACCGAUGAGACCUGCAUUAAUGAAGUACUUAGGUAGAUCACACAAUCUUUGGCAUAGAAUGACAUUGAACUUGGAACAAAUGGCAUUUGACAAUGGUAAUAAUCAGUUUAAAACUAAGAGGGAAUCCGAUUGCUACGACUUUGAACCAGAUAACAGUCCUCAUGCUGAAGUUUUGGACUCAUUAUCCGAUAUGUAUUCCUUAUUAUGUGAAGAAGACAUGUGGUCAGGUCUUUGGCAAAAGCAUGCACAUUAUAAAGAAACCCUUCAAGCAACUGCCUUAGAACAACAAGGAUUCUUUGAACAGGCACAAGGAGCAUAUGAUUUGGCAAUGACAAAAUUUAAACAAGAUUAUGUCUCAACGCCGGCACCGUUCAAAAUACAACGUGAAGCUAUUCUUUGGGAACAACAUUGGAUAAGAUGUGCAAAAGAAUUAAAUCAAUGGGAUUUGUUAUUGGAAUAUGGGAGUAAGAAAGCUGAAAAAAAUCCAUUCCUUAUUUUGGAGAGUUCUUGGCGUAUUCCUAAUUGGCCAUUGAUGAAGGAAUCUCUUGCUCAAGUGGAACAUAAUUGUCCAAAGGAGAUGGCUUGGAAAGUAAAUCUGUAUCGUGGAUUUCUAGCCAUAUGUCAUAGCGAGGAUCAACAUUUAAGUGCUGUUGAAAGAUAUGUAGAGUUAGCUUCGGGUCUUUGCAUGCGCGAAUGGCGAAGGCUACCUCAUAUCGUAAGUCAUGUUCAUUUACCAUUACUUCAGGCAGCUCAACAAAUAAUGGAACUGCAAGAAGCCAUGCAAAUACAUCAAGGUCUUUUACAUGGAAGAAGUACGUCGUUACACGAUAUGAAGGCUAUCGUUAAAACAUGGCGCAAUCGAUUGCCUGUAAUAGCCGACGAUCUUAGCCAUUGGUCAGACAUUUUUACGUGGCGACAACAUCAUUAUACCUUCAUUUCUAGUCAUUAUGAUUCUCAACAAGAUCAGACAACGAAUCAUUCGAUGCUAGGAGUACAUGCAUCCGUCCAAGCCAUUAUACAUUUUGGAAAGAUAGCUAGAAAGCAUAAUUUAUGUGGUGUUUGUUUGGAUUCUCUUUCAAGAAUAUAUACAAUACCCAGUGUGCCUAUAGUCGACUGUUUUCAAAAGAUCAGGCAACAAGUAAAAUGUUAUCUGCAAAUGGCUUCAAUUUCAGGAAAGAAUGAACUUCAAGAAGGUUUAGAAGUCAUCGAGUCAACUAAUUUGAGAUACUUCACUAAAGAGAUGACUGCUGAAUUUUAUGCUUUAAAGGGAAUGUUAUUGUCACAAAUCGGUAGAUCGGACGAAGCUAACAAAGCCUUUUCUGCAGCUGUUCAGUUACAUGAUACUUUGGUAAAAGCCUGGGCGCUUUGGGGUGAUUAUUUGGAACAUAUAUUUACACGUGACGCUCGACAAAUAUCCAUUGGUAUUUCAGCCAUUACUUGUUUUCUACAUGCAUGUAGGCAUCAAAAUGAAUCCAAAUCUAGAAAAUAUCUUGCUAAAGUAUUAUGGUUGCUCACAUACGAUGAUGAUAAAUCUUCUCUCAUGGAAGCUGUUGAUAAAUACGCAGUAGGGGUACCACCAAUACAAUGGUUACCAUGGAUACCACAAUUACUGAUGUGCCUUGUUCGACACGAGGGCAACGUGAUCUUAAAUUUGUUGAGUCAAGUUGGAAGAAUGUUUCCACAAGCAGUAUACUUUUCUAUUAGAACUCUAUAUCUUACAUUGAAGAUCGAACAACGCGAGAGAUAUAAAAGUGCUGAAUUAGCUGGAAAAAUGCAUGAUGGGGUAGAAGGUAGAAGUACUACUGGAAAUGUACAACAGCAAGGAAUAACUGAAACUGUACCAAUUAGAGCUACACCACCAAUGUGGAGAUGUUCUAAGAUUAUGCACAUGCAACGAGAUAUUCAUCCAACUAUUUUGUCGAGUUUAGAAGGCAUAGUGGAUCAGAUGGUUUGGUUUCGAGAAACGUGGUACGAAGAGGUACUGAGACAAUUAAGACAGGGUCUUGCCAAAUGUUAUGCAAUAGCAUUUGAGAAUCGUGGUGCCGUUAGUGAAGCUACCAUCACUCCACAUACAUUGAACUUUGUAAAAAAGCUUGUUUCUACAUUUGGUAUUGGUAUCGAAAACAUAUCUUCUUCUCAAAACGUCAACAACACAUUUGGUUCUGCCGCUUCAGAGUCUUUAGCACGUAGAGCGCAAGCGACUGUUCAAGAUCCUGUUUUCCAAAAAAUGAAGGGCCAAUUUACCAGUGACUUUGACUUUACCGUACCUGGCGCACGUUUGUUACAUAAUUUAAUAAAUAAAUUGAAGAAGUGGAUUAAAAUUCUUGAAGGGAAGACUAAACAAUUACCAAAGUCAUUUUUAAUCGAAGAAAAAUGUCGAUUUCUAAGCAACUUCAGUCUUAAGACAGCGGAAGUCGAAUUACCUGGAGAAUUUUUACUACCUAAGCAUUCUCAUUAUUAUGUAAGGAUAGCAAGAUUCAUGCCGCGAGUUGAAGUUGUUCAACGUCAUAAUACAGCUGCUAGAAGAUUACGUAUACGUGGUCACAAUGGACGUCUUUAUCCUUACUUAGUAGUCAAUGACGCAGGUUUAGGAGAUGCACGGCGAGAGGAACGCGUUCUCCAAUUAUUGAGAAUGUUAAACCAUUAUUUAGCAAAGCAGAAAGAAACUUCAAGGAGAUUUUUGCAUUUCACGGUACCGCGUGUCGUUGCAGUUUCUCCGCAAAUGCGAUUGGUCGAAGAUAAUCCUGCCUCGAUUUCUUUACUGGAUAUCUAUAAGCAAGGAUGUGCCAAAUUAGGAAUAGAGCAUGAUGCUCCUAUUGCGAGGUAUUACGAUAGAUUAGCGACUGUACAAGCAAGAGGUGCCCAAGCAAGUCAUCAAGUUUUACGGGAUAUAUUAAAAGAAGUACAAACGACUAUGGUUGCAAGAACUAUGCUUAAAGAUUGGGCAAUAAAAACCUUUCCCGGAGCAACUGAUUAUUGGACGUUUAGAAAAAUGUUUACAUUGCAAUUGUCUUUGGCAUGUUUUGCCGAAUAUGUACUUCAUUUGACGAGAUUAAAUCCAGAUAUGAUGUACGUACAUCAAGAUUCUGGUCUCAUUAACAUAGCAUAUUUUAAAUUUGAUGUUGAUGAUACUUCCGGUGAAUUGGACGCUAACAGACCGGUUCCAUUCCGUUUAACGCCUAAUAUCUUGGAAUUUCUUACGAGUACAGGUGUUUCCGGACCAUUAACGGCAAGUGCGAUUGCCACAGCAAGGUGUUUGGUACAACCAUCGUUCAAAGUACACACAAUCUUACGCGCCAUUUUACGAGAUGAAGUUAUUGCUGAUCAUAAUAAAAAACAGGAGGACGCUGAAAACGCAUCCCAAACACCAACAGAUAUGAAAGGCGAACUUUUAAUAACGAUGGUUACACGUGCAGUUACCGCGAUCGUAACGAGACUGAAUUCCUUAGCUAACUUUGAUGGAACUGACAGCAAAGUCAGCACAUUGGUUGCUGCUGCUAAUAGUCACGAUAAUCUGUGUAGAAUGGAUCCAUCGUGGCAUCCAUGGUUAUAAAACUUCAAACUGUGAUGCAAAAAAUAUGAAAAGUUAAAAAAAGAUAUGUUUUUAAAACAUAUUUCCAUAAUUUCAUAUAAAUACACAUAUUAAUUGAUCGAAUUUUAUAUUCGCAUCGUUCAUUAUCAUUUAAAAAUCAAUGACAGUAUCUAAUACAAAACAAGUUUUUGAUGUAUAAAAAUAUUGUUAUAAGAAUUAUCUCUAUCAUGUUCUUGGAAACACCGUAUUGUGUAAAACUAUAUAUUCUGUAUAUUUAUAAGUAUUUCUUGAUCUUUUUUUAUUUUUUUUAUUUGACGUAAACUAUGACACACGUCCGUGUAACAUAAAAAUCUACGAAGAUCUCUGUGUAUAAUCAGCUGUAAAUAAUAAAAAAUAAACUAUUAUAAAUAUUUAUAAAUAUACA